AUGUCUAACAAGGCUAGGAAUGUACGAGUUCUUGAUGGAUCUUUCGCAAGCGAACUAUCCAAGGUAGUGCCUGGAUUCUUUGAACAGGAAUGCCCAAACUGGACAUUCGAUGCUGUCGUUCACCAACCGGAAGCGGUCGUGAAG